GUAGACAACUCCGACGGUUUACAUGGGCAUAACCAAGCUAUGCCUGACUUGGAGACCAUAAGCCAAAUUCGGAGUACAAACAAAAUGACGGAAAAGCCGUCACGAAAGCGAAAAGCUGACGACAGGCAAGAAAGCCUGGCAAGAGCGGUGCGCAAAGAGGCACCGCAGCCAUUGCGAACCGAAGGAGAGAACGAAGAACCAAAAAAGAAGAGAAAAAAGAAGAAGAAGGCUGCGUUCACUGCAGAAGUUAGCGCUGCCAGUGCUGCUGCUCUGCCAAAAGACCGGGGUUUUGUCGAGAAUUCCGAGCAAAUUGCGGUGGUGAAAGAUAAUGAGGAGCUCGAACUGGAAGAGCUUGUCUUUGGUGGCGAUGUGGAGGGCCGAAUGGAUGAAGUAUUUCAAAAAGUGGGGCAUGAAUUUGACGAUAUAAUAGAAGAUGAAGAUAAUUGGCUGGCAUCAGCAAGGGUAGACAAUGAUGAAGAGGAUAUUGAGACAAAAGAGGAUACGAUAGAGAGUGGGGAAGAACCCGAGAAUUUUGGGUUUUUCAUCGAUACAGAUGGUAAAGGGGCGGAAUCAGAUCUGCCCUCGCAAGGCGUAGAGAAAAAUCACAUUGAUGUGGAUAUCGAGCCAGAGGAUGAGUUGGAUCAAUCAAAGACAUUGUCUGCAUCGGAUUUGUCUUCUCUUCCACCUGCGUGGGAGGACGACGACGACGUGCCCGUAAACAUUGUGGACACCAAACGACUGCGUAAGCUGAGGCUAAAUUACUCGGAAAAAGUUCUAUCCGGAAGGGAAUACGAAUCGAGACUGCGACAACAAUACGAGAAGAUCCAUCCGACCCCACAAUGGGCAUUGAAACCAUUCCGAGAGCAGAAAGCUGGAAACUCUGGAGAUGACUUGCUCAGGAUUUUACGGACUACAACCUCGAUCGUUAGUACGAAAAGGAACAACGCAACACUGAAUCCAGAUUUGCUGGAGAUUGUCCGUCUGAAGGACGCUAAUCAGGCGGCUUAUUCACAAUCUGUGGUGCAGUCCGUCAAGUUCCACCCUAAGGCACCCGUGCUUUUGACGUGCGGCUAUGAUCGGACUUUGCGGCUGUUUCAGGUUGACGGAAAGAUCAACCCAAAAAUUCAAUCCGUACAUAUCAAAGAUCUUCCCAUUCAUCGCGCAACCUUCACCCCCGACGGAAAAGAAGUGCUUCUUACGGGGAAACGAAAAUUCUUCUACUCUUACAAUAUCGAAGCUGGUGUCAUCCAGCGGAUUCCUGGUAUCCGAGGUCGAGACGAAGAAAGUUUUGCAAACUCGUACGUAUCGCCGGAUAAUAAGCAUUUUGCUUUCCUCGGCCGUGACGGCCACAUUAUUCUGGUCUCCAAGGACACCAAGCAAUGGGUCGCUACCAUGAAGAUGAACGGAUCAGUCACUGCAAUCGAUUUUUCAAAAGAUGGAAAGUUUCUGUAUUCGUUUGGAGGGGACGGAGAAGUGUACCAGUGGGAUCUGGGCUCGCGAAAAUGUAUUCACAAAUUCUAUGAUGACGGAUGCGUGAAGGCGACCACUUUGGCCGUGUCUGGAGGAGACGAAUACCUUGCGACCGGGUCGGACUCUGGCGUAGUCAAUCUAUAUGACCAUAAAAGCUGCCUUUCCAGUUCAAACCCAUCUCCCCGAAAAUCGAUUCUAAACCUUACCACAGCGAUCACAACCCUCCGCUUUAAUGUUGACUCGCAGAUCUUGGCGAUGGCCAGUCGAGAUAAGAAAGAUUCCCUCCGCCUCCUGCAUGUUCCUACUCAACGAAUUUUCAAGAACUGGCCCACAUCGCAGACUCCACUUGGAUAUGUAAACUGCUUGGAUUUUUCACCAGGGGGAGGAUACUUGGCGUCCGGAAACGACAAAGGAAAGGUCCUUUUGUACAGAUUAAGUGCAUAUAAUGCUGUAUAGAGAUUACUCGUGAUUUUGAAUAAAGGUUUACGUUGGCAAAAGGAAACAGA